AUGAACAUCCAAACAUCUUACCUGUGUAAAGUUCCUGUGGAACUUUGGGAGGAAAUCUUCAUGAUCGUGUCUGUUCCAAGCUCAAAAGAAUACACCCUUAUCAUCAAAACUGAAUCACUUAAUGUCGAACGACAAGUCGUUACCAUUGUGCCUUUCACCCUCAUGCACGUCUGCUCUCACCAGAGUGAAAUCACCACUCGUUGUCCCAUGCUUUGGGCCUCCAUCAACGUUGCACUCUGGCACAAAUAUUUUGAGAGGAGACAGAAGCUGGUAGAGAUGUUCCUGGCAAAUUCUGCACCUUGCCCACUCAAUCUCAAGGUCGGCUGGCAUUAUUCCUUUCCGGAUUGUGCUCAAGACACCUGGGAGAUCCUAAAAUCCCAUUUUUCACGAUCCGAGCAACUCUUUCUCAACUCUGCUUGGGAUUUUGGAAUGCACCUCCUUAACCCUUCUUGUGGACAGGACAUCACAUUCGAAAACCUAUUAUAUUUUCACACCCAAAGAGGAGGUCUCUCUGGAAUCAGCAAAGCUGACAUAGACCAUCCCUUCUCUCAGGCACUUCGUCGUGCCUGA